AUGCCCAAUGGGGACAGUUACCACAGCCUGUCAUACUCUUUCAGGGUGCCCCAUAACACCAUCACUGGCAUUGUGAAGGAAGUGUCUGCUGCCAUCGUGGCAGAAUACGAAGACGAGGUAUUUGACUUCCCAACUACUCCACAGAGGUGGCGUCAGAUUGCCGAGGGAUUUGGGCAGCCGAUGGAAAAGCUUCCAUCAUGCAUGUGGGGCCCGGACGGUAAAACACAUCGCGAUCAAAGCCCCCCCAAAACUCCGGCACCUUGUUCUACAACUACAAGGGUUUUCUUCUCCAUUAUACUGUUAGGCCUGGUAGAUUCACAGUACAAGUUCCUGUGGGCUGACAUCGGCAGUAAUGGCUCCUCUUCGGACAGUGGAAUCUUCAACGCUUCCGCUCUCAAGGCAUCCCUUGAAACUGGUGACAUCGGAUUCCCACCAGCUGAACCACUACCUAACGAUGACCGUGACAUGCCAUACUUCUUCAUCGGGAAUGACGCAUUUGCCCUACGAACCGGGAUGAUGAAGCCUUUUGGACAUAGGAACAUGACCGUCGAAGAGCGUAUCUUGAACUACCGACUCUCCCGUGGCCGCAGGAUAGUGGAGAACGCUUUUGGAAUACUCGCGCCCACGCUGGAGGUGCCUCUUCACGACCAUGCAACAGGAACAGGAGACUGUCAAGAUUAUCUCGAGUGCGUGCCUCUGUCUGCAUAA